AUGGCUGAGGUAGUUGUGUCCUUUGGACUUGAAAAGCUAUGGGGGCUUUUGAGUCGAGAAUCUGAAAGAUUGACUGGAAUAGAUGAGCAAGUUGCUGGACUAAAGCGUCAGCUUGGAAGGUCGUUGUUGAAAGAUGCAUACGCAAAGAAAUAUGAGAGUGAAAUGGUGAGAAACUUCUUGGAAGAUGUCAAGGACAUUGUCUAUGAUGCUGAGGAUAUAAUCGAAUGGUUUCUUCUCAAAGAGUUUGGAGGAAAAGAAAAAGGGAUCAAGAAGCGUGUGAAAAGACUUGCUUGCUCUUUAGUAGAUCGCCGGAAUUUUGCUUUAGAUAUCCAAGGCAUUACUCAGAGGAUCUCUGAGGUGAGUGGGGUAAUGAAGAGUUAUGGGAUACAAGAGAUCAUCGAUGGUGGUCGUUCUUUGUCUCUUCAAGAAACACAAAGGGAGCAAAGAGAGAUCCGACAAACAUUUUCAAACAGUUGUGAAAGCAAUCUUGUGGGAAUGGAACAGAGUGUUGAAGAACUGAUUGGUCCUUUGGUGGAAUAUGAUAACAUUCAAGUGGUUUCUAUAUCCGGGAUGGGUGGUAUUGGUAAAACCACCCUCGCUAGACAAGUUUUUCAUCAUGAUACUGUCCGACGUCAUGUUGAUGGAUUUGCAUGGGUCUGUGUUUCACAACAGUUUGAUCGAAAGGAUGUUUGGCAGAGGAUCUUGCAAGAUCUUAGACCACAUUACGAGGAUAUUAUACAGAUGGACGAAUAUACACUCCAGGGUAAACUCUUUGAAUUGUUGGAAACCGGUAGAUAUUUGGUUGUCCUUGAUGAUGUAUGGAAAGAAGACGACUGGGACCGAAUAAAAGCAGUGUUUCCCCAAACAAGAGGUUGGAGGAUGCUACUUACUUCUCGCAACGAGGGUGUUGGUUUACAUGCAGAUUCAACAUGUUUUGCCUUUAGACCAAAAAUCCUUACUCCCAAACAAAGUUGGAAGCUAUGUGAGAGGAUAGCAUUCCCAAGGAGAGAUGAAACUGAAUUAAGGGUUGAUGAAGAAAUGGUAGCUAUGGGUAAGGAAAUGGUCACAUAUUGUGGAGGACUACCACUAGCUGUUAAAGUGCUGGGAGGGUUGUUAGCUAAGAAACAUACAGCUCUCGAGUGGAAAAGAGUAUAUGACAAUAUUGGAACUCAGAUCGUAGGAAUAUCUGGCUUAGAUGACAACAAUCCCAAUUCGUUUUACCGAAUAGAAAUCAAGAUAUUGUUCAAUUACUGGGUUGCAGAAGGAAUAUUAACGCCAGUUUACGAUGGAUCAACCAUUCAAGAUAGUGGAGAAAGCUACCUGGAAGAGCUAGUGAGGAGAAAUAUGGUAAUUGUUGAAGAAAGCUAUUUGACUUCGAGAAUGGAACAUUGCCAAAUGCAUGACCUGAUGAGAGAAGUAUGUUUCUCUAAAGCCAAAGAAGAGAACUUUCUUCAAGUCAUCAAAGUCCCUACUUCAAGUACCUUUACCAUCAAUGCUCAGUCUCCUUGUAGAUCUCGAAGACUCAUUGUACAUAGUGGUAAAGCACUUGAUAUGUUGAGACAUAAAAACAAUGAAAAUGCCAGAUCUGUUUUGAUUUUUGGAGUCGAUGACAACUUUUGGAAGCCUCCAUGUUUCCAAAGUUUACCAUUGCUAGAUCUUUCUUACGUACGCUUUGAAGGAGGGAAGUUACCUUCCAGCAUUGGAAACCUCAUCCACUUGAGAUUCUUGAGUUUGUACGAGGCUGGGGUAUCUCAUCUACCUUCUUCUCUUCGGAAUCUAAAGCUUCUGCUAUGUUUGAACUUAGGUGUUGUUGAUCUGUUACACCUUGUUCACGUGCCAAAUGUUUUGAAAGAGAUGCAAGAACUGAGGUACCUUGUCUUGAUGAAUUUCUCAACGAAACACACUAGUGUCACGGACCUCAUUCGUAUGACUAAGGAUUUAACAUUGUCCACGCAUAUGCCAAGGUUUCCGGAUCAAUAUCGGUUCCCUCCUCACCUUGCACACAUAUGGCUAAUCGGAUGCCGCAUGGAGGAGGAUCCAAUGCCGAUACUAGAAAAGUUGCUACACUUGAAGUCGGUUUAUUUUUCAUCUGGUGCUUUCUUGGGGAGGAGAAUGGUGUGCUCAAGAGGCGGAUAUCCACAAUUAUGUGCUCUAAAGAUAUCUUAUCAAAAAGAAAUGGAAGAGUGGAGAGUAGAACAAGGGUCGAUGCCAAUGUCUUCGUACUUUGACUAUAGACAAUUGCAAAAAGUUGAAGGAACCUCCGGAUGGGCUAAAGUACACAUCUUGCUUAAAGGAAUUGAAGGUAGAAAGAAUGAAAAGAGACUGGACGGAGAGAUUGGUACAAGGUGGGGAAGAUUACUACAAGGUGCAACACAUUCCCAGUGUUCAAUUUAUUAA